UGAACACACACAACCUUGAUUUUACUUUCUUGUUAACAGGUUGUGGAUAUCUACUGAUACAGCAAGUUCUUUUCUGAGGUUAAGGUAUCUGUAGCAACAUGGAUCAUUUAAGCAUGAAGAAUAAAUCGGCCACCAAGAAAAAAGUAGCUAUAGUAGGAGGCGGCUUGGUUGGUGGCUUACAUGCAUGCUUCCUUGCAAAAAGAGGAUUUGAGGUUGCAGUGUUUGAAUCUCGAGAAGAUAUUCGCAGUGCUAAAGUAGUAAAGGGCAGGAGCAUAAAUCUCGCUCUCUCUCAUAGGGGACGCCAAGCUUUAAAACAUGUUGGAAUGGAAGACAAGAUUGUUUCCAAGGGCAUCCCGAUGCAUGCUCGUAUGAUCCACAAUGUGAAUGGAAAACGUUCUCCGAUACCUUAUGGAAAGAAAGGUCAGUACAUCCUUUCUGUAGGCAGAGCCAACCUCAAUAAGGAGCUACUAACAGCGGCUGAAGCAUAUCCAAACACACAACUGAACUUUAACCAUAAACUGCUUGACUGGAGUCCAGAAACAAGGACCAUGACCUUUCUUGGGCCUGAUGGUGCUGAAAAGGAGAUCCAGGCAGAUCUCAUAGUGGGCUGUGAUGGUGCCUUCUCUGCCACAAGGAAGCAGUUUUUACGCCGCAGUCGCUUUAAUUACAGCCAGACCUACAUCCCACAUGGAUACCUGGAGCUCACUAUGCCUCAGAGAAAUGGUGAUUUUGCAAUGGAGCCCAAUUUUCUUCACAUCUGGCCCAGGAACACGUUUAUGAUGAUUGCUCUCCCGAACAUGGACAAGACCUUCACCUGCACCCUCUUCAUGCCAUUUGAGGAAUUUGAGAAGAUUGCCACAGACGAUGAGCUGCUGAGCUUCUUUCAGAAAUACUUCCCAGAUUCCAUCCCACUCUUAGGAGUUGAUUCUCUGAAGAGGGACUUUUUCCGACUGCCCGCUCAGGCCAUGGUGUCAGUGAAGUGCUGUCCUUAUCAUGUGAACGACAAAUGUGUCUUAAUGGGAGACGCUGCUCAUGCUGUGGUGCCAUUUUAUGGCCAGGGAAUGAAUGCAGGCUUUGAGGACUGCCUUGUUUUUGAUGAGAUUCUCGAUCGGUUUAAUGAAGAUUUUUCUGCAGUUCUCCCAGAGUACUCACGAGUCCGUGUACCUGAUGACCAUGCCAUAGCUGAUUUGGCGAUGUACAAUUAUAUAGAGAUGCGAGCACAUGUAAACUCCAAGUACUUUCUGUUCCGUAAAUAUCUGGACAACGCACUCCAUUUUAUCAUGCCGAGAACAAUAAUCCCAUUGUACACAAUGGUCACCUUUACACGAACCCGCUACCAUGAAGCAGUGAUCCGUUGGAAAUGGCAGAACAAGGUGAUUCGUCAGGGCAUGUUGCUUUUUGGGACAGUGUCUACAGUGGGAGCGACUUAUCUCCUAAUUAGAUACAUUCCCAAAAAGCCCAGCAUCGCUAUGGAGCAGCUAUGGAGCAGAGUUCUCGCCCUCAAAUGGCUGCAAAAGUAAGAUUCACCAAGACAACAUGGAAGAUAUUUCAGGAUGUCUCUGUCAUACCCAAUUUCAAUGAAUACUUUGAGAUCCUGUGAUUUCCUUUAAAUUCCAUUAAAAUUUAAUGUCAGCAAAUCAUUGCUACCAUUAGAUCCUGAUGGUGUUUAAGAAGGUUUUGUCUGAACAGAAGCAAGAGGGUUGGAUUGGGUUUAAUCUUGGUGAAUAACAGUAAUUCUUAUUCGAAUAAUUAAUAAUUAGAGAAAUAAUGUCACGAUUUUCAGACCAGACAUGUCUCUCAGACUCAAAGAAAUGAUAAAUAUACAUUUUUAAACUUUUUAAUGCCAUGAAUAAGCAGAGUUGGCUGUUGUGGUUAAGGUUAAAGCUCUUUCUUAAUGACUAGGAAGCUGGUGAGUUCAAAUUCCUGAGCUUUUUAAGAGACACCAUCAAGCCCUUGAGCAAGACCCUUAAUAUUUAUAUAAU